AUGGAGCAACGCCUCAAGCUCAGCAAGGCAAGCUCUGCACCGCCUGUUGACGCCACGGAAUACCAGAGUAUCAUCGGGAGCUUGCGGUACCUGGUGCAUUCGUGCCCUAAUCUUGCGUUCUCAGUCGGAUACGCGAGCCGGUUCAUGGAGAACCCCACAGCUGAACAUCUUGCAGCUAUGAAGCGCAUCUUGUGCUAUGUCGCCGGAACAAUCGAUUUCGGUUGCUACUACACGAAGAAGGGGAUCAAGGAGGGUCUCAUCGGCUUCAGCGACAGCGACAUCGCUGGCGAUGUGGACACACGGAAGAGCACCAGUGGCAUUCUCUUCUUCUUUGGUUCAAGCCUAGUGAGUUGGCAGUCCCAGAAGCAAAGGGUUAUCGCAUUGUCAUCUUGUGGGGCCGAAUACAUUGUAGCAACAACAACAGCCUGUCAAAGUGUCUGGCUGGCUCAACUCAUCCGUGUGUUAACAGAUGAGCAGCCAGACGCAUUCAAGCUCAACAUCGACAACUAG